CCGAUUCCAGAGCCGAUUCCAAUUCCGGAAUCGAUUCCAAAGCCAACUCCAGAAUUGGCUCCAGAGUCAACUCCGGAAUCGCAUUGGAAUCGGCUCCGAAAUUGAUUCCUAACACGGAUACGAAAUCAGCGGACAUUUGAAACGUUCGCCGUGUAGACGCAGCUUCGCCUCGUCGUGUGCAAACUGUCACACCGCGCUGAAAUGUUUACAUCUCUGGCGAGCGAACGUCGCCCCAUGCAGCUCUAACCGAGCAAGUCAUUGCGCUACAAUCACAGCCGGUCGAGAAGCCGGGAGUGUGUGUGUUUUGGACCGUCCUUCACCCGAACGCUCGCGUCUGGCCACACGUUACGCCACGGGACCGACCGUAUGCGUCAGUGUUUGGCUUUCGGAGCGCUUUGGUUUCGUGAAGCCGUGCGAAAAGUAGCGAAAGAUGGCCACCGUUACCGUGCUGACCGUGCACGGACGCCGCCAGACGGUCAAGGUGGAACCGAACAUGACCAUCCUGGAGAUACUGGAAACGGUCUGCCGUAAGUACAACUUCCCGCAGGACGAGUACGACCUGCUGCACCAUAACAAGGUGCUCGACCUCUCCACCAUGUACCGGUUCGCCGGCAUCCCGAACAAUGCGCUGCUCGAGAUGGCGAAGGCGAAGCGGGCCCGCGUCGAGGACGACGUGGUCGUGCAGCUGCAGCUCGAGGACGGUACGCGCACGGCGAACGGCACGUUCAAGCCGUCCCAGUCGCUGCUGGACGUGCUGGUGGCGCUCUGUCCCGCCCGGGCCACUGCCGAGUCGCACCCGGUGCUGGUGUACAUGCGGCGGGAGGUGUACUGGGGCCAGCUGCCCGCCACUACGCUCAAAAGCCUCGGGCUGACGCGCGGCCGGGCGGCACUGCGGCUGCUGCAGCGCCGGGCCGAGGAGCCCAAGCAGCAGGCGAACGUGUCCGCCCCGUUGCCGCCGGUGGUGCCAGCCCGGAACGACGCCAAACCACCAACGACCACCGUCACCACCAGUGCUGUGCCUUCGGCUACCGGCUCGAGCGAACCGCCGAACGUGGCCAAACCAACGAUCGAUCCGGCCGAGGGAAAGCCGGCCUCCGUCGUCCCGCAAGCGGAACCGAUCGAAGCGGAGGGAAAAGCGGAACCGGCGGAAAAGAAAGUGGCCGUGGAGCGACCGGACGAGCCCAAGGCUGGCGGGCAAGCGGUUGAGGAAGCGGUGCCGGAAAGGCCACGCCCGGAGUCACGAAUCGUGGUGCUGGGCGACCGGGACGCGGUGCUGUUCCAUGCGUCGACCGCCGAGCGGGACCAGACCGAAGUGGCGGACUCGUUCUUCGACCUGACCGUGCCGGAGAUGAUGCAGCUUUACAAGCAGCUGCAGGAGCGGGUGAAAUCGCUCGAGGACGCACCGCUGCUGACCGGCGAGCUUCGCGAGCUCGAGCGUAACCAGCAGCUGCUGAGCAGCAUGGGCCGGUACCGGCAGGCCGUCAUCCGCGUGCAGUUUCCCGACCGGCACAUCCUGCAGGGCGUCUUUCAGGUGUACGAAACGGUCGGGCACGUGGUGGAGUUUGUCCGCGGCUAUCUGGCCGACCCGAACCAAUCGUUCUGCUUGUAUACUACACCGCCGAAGGUGGUGUUGCAGCCCGAGGCUUCCCUGCUCGAUGCGGGCUGCUUUCCCCAGGUCCUGCUGCACUUCAGCACGGCUGAUCAAACGGCCACCGGGGACAGUAUGGCCGCGGCCCCGACCAGCUUCGCGCUACGGUGCGAGCUGCUCGGCCAGCUGUCGAACGCAACCGGUGCGGCCGUUGUAGCGGCACGAGCAAAACGGAACGCGACCACCGUCGACACGACCACCGCCACCACCACCACCACCACCCCCAACACCAACAUGGAGGCCAGCAGCAGCGGCACCACGGCAAUCGAGAGCAGCUCGCACGAGCCGGUUCCGGCCGGUCCAUCGAACCGCAUACCGAACCGCAACUUUAGACAAUCCGCAUCCGCUUCCAGCCAAGCGACCAGUGAGCGGGAAGCAAAGAUAUUGAAGUUUUUGAAAAAGUAGGAGACGUUAUUUAUUUCGCAGCUCGCAAGUUGUCACCGACACACAGACAAACAUACUGCUGCUGUUGUUGUUGCACUGAGCUCGUGCAACUAAUUAUCUUUCCAAAAUUCCGUUUCAUGCUUAUAAUAGUUUAGUGGUGCGGUAAACCGUUUUAUUCCCAUUUUGGUUAAAAAAAAAAAAUAAUGAAAAAAUUAAUCGUUCCGCGUUACUUUCCUGCUCGCGUGUCUUGUCACAUAUCGCCCCGGGAAUGAGCAGCCGAAUUGUAAUCGAUCAUUGAGGAAGUGGUAAAUACAAUUUGCCCAACGUACAACAACACUAAAA